GGUUGUGUUACAAAAAAAAAAAAAGAACACAUUAGGUUAGGUGGCCACGUUUGUUCCUCCCCCUCUUAUAUUUGUUGUUUAGCUUCAUCUGAUCUCACUGACCUGUUUCUCAUCAAUGGCGGCGACACUCUGCUUCCAACAACCCUCCAAACCCAUCUCCUACUUCCCCCACCCCAAAUCCAAACCCUCACCUCCCCUCACCACCAAACUCUCCUUCUUCCGAUGCAAAGCCUCCGUACAAACCCUUAUCUCCGUCGAACCCGAACCCGUCUUCACCUCCGUCAAAACCUUCGCUCCCGCCACCGUCGCUAACUUAGGCCCCGGCUUCGACUUCCUCGGCUGCGCCGUCGACGGCCUCGGCGACCACGUCACUCUCCGCGUAGACCCCUCCGUCCGCGCCGGCGAGAUCCUAAUCUCCGACAUCACCGGAACCACCACCAAACUCAGCACCAACCCUCUCCGGAACUGCGCCGGCAUCGCCGCCAUCGCCACCAUGAAGAUGCUCGGGAUCAGAUCGGUCGGGCUGUCUCUAGAUUUGCACAAGGGUCUUCCUUUAGGUAGCGGGUUAGGCUCCAGCGCGGCCAGCGCCGCUGCGGCGGCGGUGGCCGUCAACGAGAUUUUCGGUAGGAAGUUAGGGAAGGAGGCUUUGGUUUUGGCCGGUUUGGAAUCGGAGGCGAAAGUCUCCGGUUAUCACGCGGAUAACAUCGCGCCGGCGAUCAUGGGAGGGUUUGUUCUGAUUAGGAGCUACGAGCCGCUUGAUCUGAAGGCGUUGAGGUUCCCUGAGGAUAAAGAGUUGUUCUUUGUGCUUGUGAGCCCUGAGUUCGAAGCUCCGACGAAGAAGAUGAGAGCUGCUUUGCCUACGGAGAUUCCGAUGGUUCACCAUGUGUGGAACAGUAGCCAGGCGGCGGCUUUGGUGGCGGCGGUGUUGGAAGGAGACGCGGUGAUGCUGGGGAAGGCUUUGUCGUCGGAUAAAGUCGUGGAGCCGACGAGGGCGCCGUUGAUUCCGGGGAUGGAGGAUGUGAAGAAGGCGGCUUUGGAGGCGGGGGCGUUUGGGUGUACGAUUAGUGGGGCUGGACCGACGGCGGUGGCAGUGAUUGAUGGGGUGGAGAAAGGGGAGGAGAUUGGGGAGAGGAUGGUGGAAGCUUUUAUGAGAGGUGGGAACUUGAAGGCUGUUGCUUGUGUGAAGAAGCUUGAUAAGGUUGGUGCUAGGCUUGUUAGUAGCAUCUCCAGGUGAUUUGCUAAAAUGUAAUUGAACAGGUUUCAUGGGAUUUGGAAUAAGAUUCACACUUUGAACUUUUUAGGCCCUAAAGAUUCAUGUUCUCUUGAGUUUGUGUUCGAGUCUCUUUUGCGAUGCCUUUGGUUUAUGAGACUUUGAUUAGACUUGACGGGAUUGGAUGUUCACUGGUUUAGGGUAUGUGCUUUCAAAUAAAAAUGUUGUUGCUCUCAUGUGUUUCGAAUGAAAUGAUGUAUUGGUGUAGUUAAGUUUGCUCAGCAUUUUAGAAUUGGAAUCGAUUCUGUAAAUAUAUGGAGUGACCCCCGUAAGCGAAGCAGACCGAGUCGAGGGGUGUAACAACAGCAUUGGAACGCGACCAGUAAGUGACAUUGUGUUCAAGGAUCACUCUCCAAAUCUAAUUCCCUAAUCAAGAAAAUACAAGAGAGCUAGAAGACUUAAAGCAUGUUAACAAACACUGUUUUCAACUGAAUAUUUGAUCAGUGAAGCAUAUGCACACAUCCAUUCAAAGAGGGAGUCAGGCAAGCUAAGUGUAUUGAGCUAAGAUGAAGAGAGUAUUAUGUAUUAUAUAAACGAAAGAACAAAAUGAGGAAGAACAGGCAAUGCUUUAUCUAUGUAAUAAGUAAUAACUUAGGAUUAUAAUGAACUUCUAAAGUUCUAAAAAAAUAUUCUGCGAUUCUGUUAAUCAACCAUUCAAAUCAAAGUCCCUUACCAUAUUUUGUAGAAACUUGGUUAUGGUGCCUCACUAUAUUUGUUGAAC